UCCUGGUUGUGAAGUGCCUGAGAGGGCUGACAGCCAGUCAACUUCAAAAGCAGCCAGGAGAAACUUUCUGGCUAACUUCGGGGGGGAAUUCAAAAAUGCUGAAAGGUGCAGAUGAUGUUGUUAUGGAGCAGGAGGACUCUGCUUCCCGACAUGGAAUACUGACAAGCUGGGAUAUCAAUGACAUCAAACUUCCACAGGACGUAAGACAGACAGACUGGUUUCAAGAAUGGCCAGAUUCCUACGUAAAACAUAUCUAUAGCUCAGAGGAUAAAAAUGCUCAGAGGCACCACAGCAGCUGGGCCAUGAGAAACACCAACAACCACAACUCCCGCAUCUUAAAGAAGUCCUGCCUGGGGGUGGUGGUCUGUGGCAAUGACUGCUCGACCUUGGAUGGGAGGAAGAUCUACCUAAGACCAGCCAUAUGUGAUAAAGCUAGGCAAAAACAACAGCGGAAAUGCUGUCCAAAUUGCAAUGGACCACUGCAGCUCCUUUCCUGCCGAGGCCAUGGUGGUUAUCCAGUUACCAAUUUCUGGAGGCAUGAAGGCCAAUUCAUAUUUUUUCAGUCCAAAGGAGCUCAUGACCAUCCACGUCCAGAAACAAAACUAGAAGCAGAAGCAAGAAGAUCAAUUCAAAAAGCACAGACAGCUCUUUUUCCAUCUUCUCCAAGAUUAAGAAGAAUCCGGGACAUUGAGUCUCUGACAGGUGCAAUGCCGACACGGGAGGCUUUGCCUUUGCUCCUUUCCAAGCCCGACACUUACAUGCUACCUGCUAAUUUCGGGGGACAUUUAAGCAAAAGCUCCGGGGAGCCAAUGCUGGGCAGCUGCUCUGGGCGGCCACCAUACCCAAGGGCAGCUGGGGAGGACGAGGGGUCCGGAGAGACCCCAACCUGGAUCAAGAGCCUGGCCCUUGAGAGGACCCCCAGCACCAGGAGACCUUGCAGCGACCCUGCCAUCCCCACGGCUGAUCCGCCAUGUGCAGACCCUUCCACCCAGCACAUCCUGCUGGUGGCAAAGGGCGGCCAUGUCUCCUUCGGGCCUAAUGCUGAUCCUUUGGGGAUUGAAAGCUGUGAGGAGAAAUCCCCACUGGAUUACAGUGGUGGCGGCUGCCUCCCUCCACCACCCUACCCUGUGCCUCAG